AUGUCCUUUUCGUUUUCAUUUAGCGGCGACGAUAUAGAAGGCCAAGAUGACGGUGUUCAGCAAGUCGAGGUGCCGAAGGGACCUGGGAGCGUUGCGCCCAUCGCUGCGCCGUCUUCAACUCAACGGCAGCAGGCAACCAGUGCGUUCCCCGUAGAGGGAAAGCCACAGCUGCAGCCCACGCGCCAGAAUAUGGACUCGAUGUUAAGCUUACUACCUUCUAAGAUCGCGUACGAUCUAUUAAGUGUCACGUUGGUUGAUGGGCGCAUCAUAGGCCUACCUCGUCGAGAGCUCUGGGACGUCCGCGUUCAACUCAUGGCGGAGGACGAUGGGAGCGGGUCGACUACCGAAGGUCUCGGUAGCCAUGAUGUGAAGACGGGAGUCUACGAGGGCGGCUUCAAGAGCUGGGAAAGCAGCGUCGAUCUCGUCAAGGUGCUCGCUAGUCUCGACUAUGGCCGACAUGAUGGCAGCACCCAGCCGCUUCAUGUAAUCGAGCUGGGCUGUGGCACCGCGUUACCCUCGCUCGCUCUGUUCCGGCAAGUAAUGUCAGAAAGGAAAUCUGCAGCCGAGCCCGGGGCGGCUCCUCCCCCGGCGCUGCUCAUGACGGUGGCCGACUACAACCCAUCAGUCCUGCAGCUCGUCACUCUGCCCAAUUUCAUCCUCACCUGGGCGCUGCUGUUCAAAGACACCGAACCGGCUCUCAAAGACGCCUUCGAAUUAGAGGACGAACUUGAACUGACUGAUGAAUUGAAGCAAGCCUUUUCCCAUUCCUUAGCAGCAGCCAACGUCACCCUGUCCUGGAUCUCCGGGGGUUGGUCCCACGAGUUUGUGGAGAUCCUCUAUGCCGCUGCGGAAGAAAGGGGUCUGCCUACAUCGCUCACCACCUUGGUCCUAGGUGCCGAAACGAUAUACUCGCCCUUCGCGCUCCGGGCUUUCUACGAGACUCUCGUGGAGAUCCUACAGCGGGAGCACCGAGAAAGGCCGGGAUCUGACGCCCAAGUCUUGGUCGGUGCAAAGCGUCACUAUUUUGGUGUCGGUGGAUCCCUGGACGACUUUGUCGAGAUGGCUAGAGGCGGCGGGUUUGUGGUUGAGCAGUUAGCCGAGGAGACGGAUGGUGUCAGGAGGGGCGUGGUUCAGUGUAGGCUAGCCGCGCCAUAA